AUGGCGGUCGUUUUUGUUCGAUUGCUGCUAGUGGUUUCCUGGUGCCUAGUACACGUGGUGGUGAAUGGGACGGAGUCUAACAUCCUGAAGCUCAGCAAGGUGAAGGAUGAGGCGCCGAUCGUGAACCAGUCAGAGAAAUUGAACGCAACUGCUGAUCGCCCUGGCGACGAGAAGGAGGAGGCGAUAGCUAAAGAGAAUCUGGACGUUGAUUUCAUGAAGGAGAAGCUGGAGAGGACGGCGAACAGUAUCCAGUGGCUGGCCGAUCUCUACGAUCCACUCAAGUGGGCAAGAGUGCCGGGGAAACUCGAGCCCGAGUGCCAUAGGGAUCUGGAAUUCUUUUUGAAAUCUCUUAGAGAUGGGAAACCGUGGGCCGCGAAGAUGUCGGACGCGAGCGGCCGUUACUCCUCGCAAUUCCAUUUCGGUAACGGGUUCUGGCUAGGUUCGAGCACCCAGUGCCGGGAACUGAAUCGCACGAAUGGGCCGGAGUUGUCGGGGAUCGAUGACAGGCCGCCCUAUCCACUCAAAUUCCACGUGGCGACGAUGAACCUCACUCUGCCGAAGGAGUUGGAAUUGUCCACGCAGCAAGUAUUUUUGGGUCUCUGUUUGCCGGCCACAUGCGACAGGACUUCCUUGACCUCGUUGCUGAGAGCGAGCGCGGAUCGAGUCGAACGCGAGGGCAAUUCGACCUAUCGAUCUACCGGCCCUAAGAUUCCGAUCGUCGAAGUGAAGCCUGUGCCUUCCAGCGAUUACAAUUGCUGGCGCGAUCCCAAGCUGUAUAUCCUACUAGGAGUCGGAGGAGCGAUAGGAUUGCUGAUGCUGUUCGCCACGAUCUACGAGUACAGGACACUGUCGAUCUUGAACGACGUCGAAUCCUCGAGCGUGUCGAACAAUAACGAGAGGCUCAGCAAUUUCUCCAACAAGAACCUGAAUCAGGAUCACGUCACCUCGAUGGGCCAGGACAACGGAGAAGAGCUGAUCGAGAAGGGGAAGGAUCUACAGAAGGAUCUGGCUGAUCAUGUGAAAGACGACCACAGGAAAGGUGUCUGGAUCAAGUGUUUGACCGCCUUUAAUCCCAUCACGAACGGCAGCAAGAUCAUUAGCACAGAGCCUGCGGCCAGAGACAGUCUGACUUGCUUGCACGGACUGCGUGUGCUCUCGUUGGGAUGGGUCGUCAUGGUGCACACUUAUUUGCAAGUUUACGCUAUAGCCGAAAACAAGUCGCUGCGCACGGUCACCGAACGAAAUUUCAUGUUCCAAACGAUCAGCAAUGCCACCUUCUCCGUGGACACGUUCUUUUUUAUCAGCGGCUUGCUGGUCACGAUUCUCUUCUACCGUUCAUCCGGGAGCUUGAGAAACGACAAGGAGAGCUUCACGAGGACGUGCUCCACUAAAUUCGUCAUCAUGAUCCUCUACAGAUUUAUCAGAUUGACGCCGGCCUACCUCUUUGUCCUGGGGAUAAACGAGAUCGCUAUAAAACAGGCACACGCGAGGACGGUCUUCACGCCGAAGAUGAUUGACCACUUGACCUGCGAGAAGUUCUGGUGGAGGAACGCGCUCUACCUCAACUCGUUGUACACUAAGAAGGAAAUGUGUAUGCUGUGGAGCUGGUACAUGGCGAACGACACGCAAUUCUACGUUCUUGGGAUACUCUUGUUACUGCUGUCCGUUAAGUACUUAAAGGUCGCCGCGAGCCUGGUGCUCCUGCUGCUGGCCUCGUCGUGGUUCACCACUUUCGUCGUCGCUUACACGAACGACUAUGUGGCGAGGAUCCAAGAUCCGUUCGCUCUGUUCGACGAGCUGUACGAUAAACCCUGGAUGAGGGCCGGACCCUACUUCGUCGGCAUUAUCACUGGCUACAUCCUCUUCAAGACGAAUUGCAAAUUGAAGCUGCCCUUGGUGGCGCGGACCAUUGGUUGGCUGGUAUCGAGCGGCAUGAUGUUCUCGCUGGUUUACGGCCUCUAUCCCGGAAAUUUAACCGUGACUGUGAGUUCCGUCUACGCCGCCUUGGGACACACCGCCUGGGCGAUGGCCGUGUCCUUCAUCGUGAUACAAUGCUGCACUGGAUCCGCCAAAAUGAUCGACAGCCUGCUGUCGUUGCGCCUGAUGUAUCCGUUGUCGAGGCUUACUUACUGCGCGUAUCUGGUGCACCCUAUCAUCAUGAUGAUCACCGUCACUCAAAUGGACGGUCCGUUGCAUCUCCACAACGAUAUCGUGCUGAUUCUGUACUUGGGCAAUCUCGUCGCCUCGUACUUGUUGUCGUUCUGCGUUUCGAUCGCGCUCGAGGCGCCCAUAGUCAACCUGCUGAAAAUCGCCUUUAUCUCGAAGAAGCGGGCUAGGUAG